UCUCAGUUUACUUAUUUUUUACCUCUUCGCUUAGUCUUGAGAAUUAAAAGAAGGUGAAGUAAGUUUAAGCGGUAUAAAAAGUAAGUUAACAUGAGAUUAAAAUUAAUCUGCAGUGAUAAAAUUAUGCACACAGGUUCACCAGAGUUUGAUCAACAUUGCCCGAAAACUUGUACAUAAACAAAAAAGAAAAAGACUACUAAGCGUAUACGUUAUUUGUAAAGCGGAAUUUACGUAAAGAUGACAUUGAAAUACUGGACGCGCGAAAGGGAAUAUUUGAUUUUUGCUGAGAACAAAGGGAAUAAUUCCAUUGGUACCGUCGGUUUUUUAGUUAUCAUUAUUUCCGGGCUGAUUAAAAGCUUUUCUUAUCUCUUCUUACGCGACAAUUUAUUCCAGGCACCCGUCGCUUUCCAUAAUUGCACCCGCAUGAGUCUCCCCCCACGUGUCGCAAGCGAACACCUGCCGCAGCAACCAAUGUUUCUCGUUCACUCAUGCAGAAAUCAAUCGUGCGAUCCACGAACAACGCCAGUCUUUGGACGAUGCCGGAUAACAGCGCGUGAAAAAAAAAAAUCGACACCAUGUAAUCGCAAAACUCGCGCUUGUAAAAAAGGAGGAGCGCGCGUUUGGUUUCUCGAUACGCCUGCGGAGAGCAAUAUGUUAGAAACGCGUUCCGCAAUUUACAAAAUGAUGAAGGAAGAGGCGCGCGAUGAGAGACAGAUAACCGAUUGGCCGCCACCCUUCUCUUCCGCGUCCACGCCGUACAACGAGAGCGAUUUCGGCGGCCUAAUCAGACGGACCUGCGAGAGCAAGAGUCUGACACUGCGGAUCUCCAAGGUGAUCGUCAUCGGCGACGUUGCUGUCGGGAAAACGUCGUUGGUGAACCGUUUCUGCCACAAGCUCUUCGACAACAAUUACAAGGCCACCAUUGGCGUGGACUUCGAGGUGGAGAGAUUCGACAUCCUCGGCGUGCCCUUCCACUUGCAAAUAUGGGACACCGCGGGCCAGGAAAGGUUCAAGUGCAUAGCGGCGUCUUAUUAUCGCGGGGCUAAUGUAAUCAUGGUCGUUUUCGACCUGGGAAACCUGAUGUCGCUGAUGCAUUGCCAGCAAUGGCUGAACGAGGCGAGUCGCAGCAACGUCGGUGCCCAUCAUAUCUUUCUGGUCGGCGCUAAGAAAGAUCUAUUGUCGCGUCCGGUGUACGAGAUCGUCGAGAAACGAGCGAUCGAGGCGGCGAGACGGAUGCGAGCGGAAUAUUGGGCGGUCUCGUCGAGAACGGGCAACGGCGUGUCCGAAUUGUUCACGCGGGUCGCCGCGCUCUCCUUUCACGCGAUGGCCCUGCGGGAGAUGCAGAGCUUGAAACUCGAGCCGAUCAACAUCGGCUCGGCGACGAUAACGUUGAAGGGACAAUCGAGGGAGGUCGAGAUGAAGCGGCAGAGGGUACCGAAGUGUUCCAGAUGCCCGACGUGACGGUGGAAUCUGAUAAAUAUUCAAACGCUGGAUGAUAAGAUUGGAAAUGAGUAAAUAAAAGCGACCAGUUAAACGCGCUAUAAACAAAA